CUGAGGGCAUUCGAGUGACACUUUGCGCAGAAGAAAGCACAUCAGAACGUGGUCCAUCGUGCCGGCCGGAUUGAAGAUGGAUGGAGCUUCAGCAAGCUUUGACCAAUCAGACAGUCGCGCACGGGAUAAGGUAGGGCCGCCCCCGCCCCACUGCGCCUUCCUUAAAGCCAACCGUGGCUUUUCUUUUCUAUUUCUUCCUCCAGGCUGCAGCUGCAGUUCUCGUAGCACCACUCCUUCACUCAACUCUCGUUCGACUAACAGCAGCCCACCAUGGACGUCUUCUGGACCUUGCCGCCCGUCACGCGGACCAUCACCGCUGCGGCUGUCGUGGUGUCUGCGCUGGGAUACGCGCACAUCAUCGACCUGAUGAGGUUCAUCUUCAUCCCGCAAUAUGUCUUCACCACGAAGAUGGCACCGCAGGUGUGGCGGCUCGUCACGGGGUUCUUCAUAACGAAGAAGAACAUGGCGAUAGCACUGGAUCCGUACUUCCUCUACCAGUACGGCAGCGGUCUUGAGCGCGAGUCGUCGCGGUUCUCGCAGCCCGGCGACUUCUUCGUGUACACUGCGUUUGUCGGCUCGUUCAUCGCCGUGCUUGCAGGUUACUUCCUGAGUGCAUGGACGUUCCUCCCCGCCCUCACCCUCGCAUAUGCGUACACGUACGCCCAGGACAACCCGACGCGCCAAGUCUCCUUCUUCAUCCUCACCUUCGACGCGAAGUACCUGCCGCUCGCGCUCAUCUUCUUGACAAUGAUCAUGGAGAGCGCAGAUGCGGCUCUCGCGCAGGCGACCGGCCUCAUCGCGGCCCACCUAUAUGACUUCCUCACGCGUAUCUGGCCCACCUUUGGUGGCGGCACAAACUACAUCACCACGCCCGCGACCGUGAAGCGGUGGUUUGGUGGAGGCCCUGGGACACAGCAGGCGCGAGGCUACGGGUUCGCUCAGGCGGCUCGAUCAACUGCUGAGCCGCCCGCCGCGGCUCGAACGACUGGUGCUGCUCCGCAAUGGGGCCCUGGACGUCGGCUUGGCGAGUAAUUGUGUUUUUGGAGUUUACGGAUGCCCAUGCAUCAUGAAAGCACAGCAUAGUACUGGAGUUGGUCAUGUAGUGAUGGAUACAGAUUAUCCGUCCACAAGCAUCUUUUGAAAACUUGGCAACGCAAUCAGUUGCCUGAAUGAAACUUAUAUGGAGGCAUGCAGUAUGAGUUAUAGUUCCAAUCCGAACGCAUAUCCGAACA